UGCCGCUGGGCGGGCGGGGAAGGGCCGAGAUGGCGGCUGCGGGCCCCGGGGCGACUCGGUUGCUCCUGCUCUUGCUCCUGGCGGCAGCCGCCCCCAGCCGCGCCCGAGGCAGUGGCUGCCGGUCCGGGGCCGCUGCGCGGGGGGCUGGGGAUGGCCGAGAGGGUGAGGGCUGCAGCUCCGUGGGCUUGCUGUUGGAACACUCGUUUGAGAUCGAUGACAGCGCCCACUUCCGGAAGCGGGGCUCACUCCUCUGGAACCAGCAGGAUGGCACCUUGUCCCUAUCACAGCGGCAGCUUAAUGAGGAGGAGCGGGGCCGGCUGCGGGAUGUGGCAGCCCUGAAUGGCCUGUACCGGGUCCGGGUGCCCCGACGGCCGGGGGCCCCUGAGGGCCCAGAUGCUGGUGGCUACGUCUCCUCCUUUGUCCCCGCGUGCUCCCUGGUGGAGUCGCACCUCUCGGACCAGCUGACCCUGCACGUGGACGUGGCAGGCAACGUGGUGGGCGUGUCGGUGGUGACGCACCCCGGGGGCUGCCGCGGCCACGAGGUGGAGGACGUGGACCUGGAGCUGUUCAACACCUCGGUGCAGCUGCAGCCGCCGCUCACGGCGCCGGGCCCCGAGACGGCGGCCUUCAUCGAGCGCCUGGAGAUGGAGCAGGCCCAGAAGGCCAAGAACCCGCAGGAGCAGAAGUCCUUCCUCGCCAAAUACUGGCACCUCACUGGGGGGGCCGUGUUGCUCACAGCCCUGCGUCCUGCCGCCCCGGGGCCCGCGCCGCCGCCACAGGAGGCCUGAUGGAUGUACAUCAUUCCCGUCGUGCUGUUCUUCAUGAU